AUGAACCGCAUCGGACCCCCAUCUUCGACGCUCUACCUCGCUAAUGACGACGGGGCGAAUGAACGACCGCUAUUCGCAAAACCAGAAACGACUCCAUUUGGCCGAUCAAGGACUAUUUCGCCAUCUUCGGUGCCGACAGAGAGUGGAUUACCUUUACCGCAGCACGCAGCGGAGACGGCAACCCAGACAUAUUCCGCGUCCGCGCUGGGUUGGCUUACCUUAACCCUUACUUACGUCUCCUCUGCCGACAGCUUCAAAUCCAACGUCUGGAUCAAAGACCUAGCGAGGCAGUAUCUCGCCAAGGUCUUUGGUUGCUCAAGGUGUCCUUCUGCAAGCUUGCCGACAGUAUCAGUGAAGGAGUUUGAGUUACAUGUGUUGCCUUCGCAUCGUGCGGAGGGCUUUCUAUGUUUGUAA